AUGCCGAAGAUUUCGCUCUCCACCCUCUUCUCAUCUCUGUUCUACCUCCUCCCCGCAUAUUUCUUCGUCCUCGCACCUCUCCUCCGCCAAAUUUUCCCUGCGUCAUCCACUGGAAAUAUUUUCGACCUCGAACCCGAGGCCGCCGACGGAGCAGAGCCCGAUUCGGACCUUAACCUCGAUCCGGAGAUCCUCAGUCUUCCGGAUGGAGUCAUUCCGACUUGUCCCCCGGAUAACUACCGGGUUCAUCUCUUACAGAAAGAUCCACUGGUGAUCUACAUCGAGGACUUCUUGUCGGCGGAAGAAACGGAUCACCUCGUCAAUAUAAGUAAAACCAAUUACACCCUCUCCCCAAUCUACAACGGCCAAACCACCACCCACGACCCCUCGACCCGCCUCUCCGACCGCGCCCUCCUCCCCCGCGACAACACCGUCCGAUGCCUCGAAGCCCGCGCCGCCGCCUUCCAAGGCUGGAAGCCUCACCUCUACAUCGAACGCAUGUGGGCCCAGCGCUACAACACCUCCGGCCACUACGUCCACCACUACGACUGGGUCGGAUCCGCCGCCCGCGGCGGGGAUCGCCUCAGCACAUUCAUGGUUUACCUGGGCGAUGACUGCGAGGGCGGGGGCACGAACUUCCCGCGGUUGCGGAUGCCUCGCGGCGCCGCGGCCAGGGAGGAGUGGUGUCGGUUCUUGGAGUGUCCGCCUCCUCCUGCGACUGCUGCUGCUGCUGCUGCUGCUGCUGCUGCUGCUGCUGCUACUUCCUCGACGGGGGAGCACAAAGAUGCUAAGGUGGAUCAUGCUGCUGCUGCUACUGCAGCCGCCGCCGCUCCUACUCCUCAGGGAAUUACCUUCAAGCCCAUCAAAGGCAAUGCUAUCUUCUGGGAGAACCUGCGGCCGGAUGGCUCGGGACACCCUGAGACGUGGCAUGCCGCGUUCCCGGUGACUUCCGGAACGAAGAUCGGGCUGAAUAUCUGGAGUUGGUAUCAGCCGCCUCGACGGAGAAGAAGCUGA